AUGACCACUGCUAAGGAUCCAAACCGGCGAGCAUCGCCGUGCUCUUCACCGCACGCCGAGAGCCCCCAGCAGAGCGUGACCACUGCCGAAGAAUCAAACCGACCAGCGUGUCCGCCUCGAUGUCCUUCACCACACGUUGAGAGCACCCAAGAAGAUCUGACCACCGUGGGGGAUUCAAACCAACCAGCGCCUCCGUCCCCUUCUCCGCACGACGAGGACUCCCAAAAAGACAUCGAAGAAGGCAGGGCUGCAUACCAACCUGGCGGAUUCCACCCUGUAUAUAUCGGUGAUGUAUUCAACAACAGGUACAAGAUAUUGAACAAGCUUGGGUAUGGCAGAUAUUCUACUGUUUGGCUUGUUCAAGAUGUUCAAAAUCAGGGACAUGAGACUCGUGAAUUCCUCGCGCUGAAGGUCCUCAGUGCCGAAUGUUACGGCGACGAGAAGGACAUCUUCGAGAGAGAGAUCCUGAAGCACCUGAGAGAUUGCAAUCCCGAGCAGCUUGGAUACAAACAAAUCUGCCAUCUGGUGGAUGACUUUGAACACAAGGGUCCUAAUGGAACCCACAUUUGCCUCGUGUUUGAGGCCAUGGGAGAGACUCUGGACAGUUUUCAAGCCAUGUUUCCGGAAUGCAGAAUUCCAAACCUGUUGACACGAAGAUUCGCAAUUCAGAUGUUACUGGCAUUGGAUUAUGCCCACGAUCAUAACGUCAUCCAUACAGACAUCAAACAAACCAACAUCUUUGUUAAAAUACAGAAUCACACUCUCAUUAAAACUGGCUACCUUGCCAAGGAGUCCCCCCCGCAGCAGGACAAGGACGAGGAGCAAUAUGCCGUCAUUCCUUCCCGUCCCCUCCGUCAAUACUAUUUCAACGAUGAUGCCAGAUUGAGCGACUUUAACAUCGUGCUCGGGGACUGGGGUGUUUCGAGCUGGGCCGACAAUCAUCUCACUGAGAAUAUCCAGCCUGUAGCCCUCCGUGCCCCCGAGGUUCUGAUCAGAGCCCCAUGGAAUGCGACCACGGAUCUGUGGAACCUCGGCGCCAUCCUGCUGGAACUGAUGUGCGCGAUGCGCAUGUUCAGCGGGGCGGUCCCUCCCGAUAGGCAUUACGAGGUGAAAGAACACUUGAGAGAGAUCGUGGAUCUCUUCGGUCCUUUCCCCAAGGCACUACUCGAGAAAGGAGCGCCAGAUAUUGUUUCGAUAUUUGAUGACGAAGGAAGGCCGAAGGAUGAGCCUCCUAUGGAUAGGCCGGGGCUCUCAACAGAGGCGUUUACACCAGGAUUGGACCAGGAAGUCAGGGAGCAAUUUGUUUCCUUUUUGUUCGCGUUGAUGAAACUAAACCCUGCGGAGCGGCUGUCGCCUGAGGAUCUCCUCCGACAUCCUUGGUUAGAUGCCAUCAGAUAG